AUAACGAGUUUCUGUUGUCAAGAUUACACAGUGUGACUUCCCUCCACACCUAAACAGACUGUGCACAGUGGACUGUGGAGUCAGUGGGUGGGGAACCCGAAGAUCAGUGUAAUGAUUCCGUGUGGGGAAAACAAUCAAACUAACGAUCAUUUCUACUGAGAGCUGCAGAGGAUUGUGUUGGUGUGCAGGCUGUGAUCAGCUGACCUGCUGUCUCUGUGGAUGUACACCUUUAGUCUUUUGGGUUAUUUCGGGUGAACUCCGUGGCUUUUCAGUCUCAACACGUAAAGUGUAAAGUCCGUUCUUGUGAGGUGCUUAGCACAGACCUGGAACCCUGCUCGGAUUCAAACCCGGGACCUUCUUGCCUUCGUGCCGUUGAGCCAUCAUCGUCCAUACUGAUGAAGCGUGUCGGCCCUCUGGGUGUCGCCAAAACCGAACCUACAUGUUGUUGAUGCUCAGGCUAGGACUGCUACGUCAUUACGCACAGCCGCAGGUUGACGUGCGCGUGCUCGAUCGGGAGCUUUACUAUGUAGUUAGGUGAGGAGCGCGCACCUCCGUGCUGCGUUUAAGCGUUAAACAGUUUAAAAGUGGGUCCACGCACCGGCGAAGCGAAGACACCGACAGCAGCUGGGCUACGGACAGUCAGGACACCCCGGACCGGAGGACUGCACCGUCUGCGGUCGCUGCCAGCGGAGCUCCCCAGUGGACGGACUCAGCUUCCUCCUUCAGGGUGUGUGUGUGUGUGCGGUCACAUCCUGACUCCUUUGGAGACCUUGGCGCAGGAGAAACAGCGCCUGGUUUAGCUUCCUGUGUGGGAGGAGUCAAGGCGAACGUCUGAGAAAUGUGAAGCUGAAGGAUCAGCGGAGCUGUCACUCAAACCAGUACCACGCCCCCCAGCACCACCACCGGCCAAUCAGCACACAGAGUGGAGGACCUUCAUGCACCUGAAGUCUUACCCGAAGCUCGUGCGUUCAGAGCUGCGUCUCGAUGCGUCCGGCGUUCAGACGGGGACGCAGCGGAGCAGUCUGUUUGUGAGCCAGCAGGGGGGGCUGCUCAGGACGUACACUGGUAACCAUGGCAGCAGCAGCCGCUUCCCAUUCAGUGUAAUCUCCGCCAACACGCUGCGAUGCCCAGCAAACGCCAUCACAAGCAGCAUGACGUCGCUCUGCCUCAAGACGCAGUCCGGCACCACCCUGCAGCACAUCCCACUGCUGCCGCCAGGCUGCGAGAACAACACGCCCAAACUGUUCCAGACUGCCGCUGAGGAUGCCGACACGCCGCUGGAUGUCUGGACCGUCAUCAAACCCGGACACGUCCGUGAGAAGAUCGCCAUCUUUGUUUCAGAGAGGGGACGAGAAGAUAGUGCCGGAGGUGGCGAGUGUGCUGCGAACAGCAGGGACAGGGCGCCGGCACCAUGCACCAACUACAGCGUUGGGACGGGGCUGUCACGAGCCGUGAAGGCAAAGGGCAGCUGGGAUGAAAACUGUACCGCCAAACGGCGCCGCCGGUCCGGAAACACCCAAAACCUUCAGCAAGACCAGAGUGCUUGUGACCUCAGACCUGCUCCGCAGCGCCCGAACUCCGGUCAGCAGUGUGGUGGCGAACUGGGGACAGCAGAGGAGGCGGAUCUGAAAGUGUCAGUGGUGGACAUGGUGGCGUUUCUGGAGCAGAGAGUAAGUGAGCAGCAGCUGGACUCCAAACCUUUGCUCGCUCUCCAGAGGAGCUGCACCACUAUCAUGCUCUCCAGAGCCCCGCCCACCAAGCUCAGGGACGGCUCGGAGCACAGGGGGGAGGAGCCAGAAAGCAUCAGAGUGUCAGAUAUGGUGGCGAGACUAGAGUCUAAAUGUCUUAGGCGGCGGGCAGAGGGCAACCUGUCACGUAGCAACAGCCUGCGGAGGACAGCGGGGCGUGUGCUGCUCGCCGCUGCCACAGGUCACAGCUCCACCCCCAGCCAGCCUGCGUCACCAUCAUCACCUGCAGCUCAGUGUCUGAGCAGGGAACCAGUCGGCUGUCUUCCGGCCUCAGCUUUGACCACGCCCCUUUCAGGUGAGCUGGUCAAGUCGGAGGAGGCUGCAGGUGUGGAGAGGGAGCGCACUGUAACAGAGACUCACCUUAAGGCCCCGCCCUCUGAGGAGGAGGAGCCUGUGCCUGGCUUAUUGUUUUUGUCUCCAACACCUGAGAAAUGCGAAGACUCCACCCCCUCCCCCACACACUCGGCACACCACCCCCCAUGCCACAGAGCCACCUAUGUGCUUCAACCUUUUAAGCCCUCCCCCUGCAGUACUGACAGCCAAUCAGAGAAGACUAGGAGGAGCGGAACUGAGGAUGCUGGCGUAGUUAGCAACCCUGCCUCGGCGCCUCUGGUGUGGCGUGCGUCGGCGUCGCAGGACUUCCUUGAGAAGCGUCAGCGGCUGCAGCAGCUGCUGGAGCCGCAGCCGUACCUGACAGCGCUGCCGCACCACCUGCUCGUCAAGAUCUUCCUACUGCUGCCGACGCAGAGCCUUGCCGCGCUCAAGUGCGCCUGCAGUUACUUCAAGUUCAUCAUCGAGAACUACGGCGUGCGGCCCGCUGACUCGCUGUGGGUGUCAGACCCCCGUUACCGUGAUGAUACCUGCAAGCAGUGCAAGAAGCGUUACGGGCGCGGCGAUGUGUCGCUGUGCCGCUGGCACCACAAGCCGUACUGCCAGGCGUUGCCGUAUGGCCCAGGGUACUGGAUGUGCUGCCAUGGCGCCCGCAGGGACACGCCUGGCUGCAAUGUGGGUCUCCAUGACAACCGCUGGGUCCCGGCGUUCCACAGCAUUAAUGUGCCCAUCUACCGCAGGAGUAACCAUGACGACUGAUUGUGAGUGUGUGCCGGGCAGAGGCUGUUUGUGCUCUUUGUGUGUGAUGUCAGCAGCGUCCAAUCAGAACGCUUUCACGCAGGAUACCACGCCCACAAAUCAAAAAGCCAUGGAACUUUAAGCUGGAUGAUGUUUAGGUUAAAGAUCGGUGCUCCGGCAGACGUAGUGACUGAUUCUGAUUAUUGAUUGCUGAUCGAUUAGAUGUUUGAGCAUCUCCCUGCGUCUGACGGAGCGCUGGCCUUGCGGCGCCGCCUGCUGCUCACCCCUCCCCCCCACAGCCUGAUCUGCAGAUCGAUAUCACUCACUGAUCAGUGAUCAGGUUUGGAGGAGGAGUCUCAGCCAGGACUCUUCCUCACUGGCUGGUUCCUGAUCAUCGUAUUGAUGAGGCUGAGUUAUCGAUAAUAUUUAUUCAGAUUCAGCCUUUAUUCAUUUAUUUUUAUAAACAGGAGCCGUACCUCCAAAAUAAUGCAAAAUAAUAACAAAAACAAUUUGCAUCUCAGAGGGAUUGAUUGGUCAAAAGGCCUGAAAUCCUGAACUUUAUUGAUCACGAUCACCAACAGAAAAAAAAUGUCCUAACCGUGGGUUUCCUUCAACUUUUAAUUUGAAAACAGAAGCUAAGUAGACUGCUUCAUGUUUUUGCAGAGAUGUAUGACCCGAUAAUUAGAUUUUUUUUUUUUUUUUUUUUUUUUUUUUUUACACAGGAAGGGGUGGGUCUAACUGGUUAGCAACAGCUGAACUUUCAAAAUAAGGGCACACAGAGUUAUCUGAUAGCAGCAUCAAAGCGAUGAAAAGUAAAAAUAUGACUCAGCAGCUGUCCGUCUGAGCAGCGUCUGGUGGGAGCAGAGCAGGUGGUCAUCACGCGUCUCGCCCCCUUGUCCCGUUUCCUGUUGUCAGAAACUUAUAAAUAUAUAUUUCUUAAAACAGAUGAAACUUUAUUAGUCGGACGUCUGUAACCAUGACGGAAAUCCACCCGACACCUCCACGUCUGCACCAAUCAGGAUGGCUAAACUUUUCUUCCACCUCCCUCCCUCAGGGGCGGAGCCUAAAACAGCUGCAUGGUCAAUGUUCCCUCUGAGGUCAUGCGCCAGUUUUUAAAGAAACUUUGUUUUAUCACAGUAGAAGAAGUUUAUUGAUCAUCAUUAUGUCUGAUUGAUUGGCCCAGCUGAUCAAUCAGCUGUUCAGGAAUAAUUGUGGGCGGGUCCUUGUUUUGACUUGUUUAAAAUAAAAUUUGGCUUCCUGAACUUUCUGCAGGUUUAUCUGACCCUCUUACUGAUCGAUCAGCUGAUUGGCUUAUUGAUUAAGCUUCAUCUUUUUGAUUCUGAGAUGCAGAGGUUCCUGAUGAUCACCUGACUGAUGGAGGCUGAGAGAUGGGUGAGUGGGUGGAGCUUCAGGGGUCGACGACCUCUCUGUGCACCUUGUUUGUUUACAUUUGAGUGUUUGUUUCCUGUGCGAUCAGCUGAUUGAUAAUCAUUGAUGAAUCGAGGCCUUGAGCGUGGAGUCGGUGAUUGAGAGUUUUAGAGUGUGUCGUUUGUCUGCUCCGUUUUUCUGUGCUUUAAUAAAGAGCUUUUUUCAUUGUUU